AGACCACCAACAGGGUCUUUUGCCCAUCUUGUGUGUGCUGUGUGUGUCACUCGCCCAUCCAUGUCUCACUGUCCACUUAGCGCCCACCGCUUUCCCAAGGUGGCCCCCUCCCCCUGGCGCAUUCUCUCCCCAUGCCCCGAUCCCUGUCCAUCUUUUUCGGCGCGGGUCCUGGGCGUUCAAGCCCAUGAUGAGCUAGACACGGUAUUUAUACAGUACGGUAUCAUUGUGCAGACGAGGUGAGCGUGAUGAUAUCUCUGGUUUUGCGACAGAUAGUGAGAUUAUAGAUAAGAGAAUAAUGAGGCCUGAGCUCAAACUUGUCAUGAUAUCGACUUAUAACCCUGCUAUUGCCUCUCUGUUAGUCUCGAUCUUAGUACAAAAUCGGGUUCUUAUUACACCCCAGCCGGGGCACAGCAGUGUAACAACAAAGUCGAUCUAUUGGGUGAUGUGAUUGUUUCUGAUCACGCCUCUGUCCUGCUUUGAGCCAGCCAGCACAACACCUCAGUUUCAACUGUGUGUGGUUGACAUGAAGAGUGGACUUUGCUGUCACCUCGUGGAGCCAUCUAUCUACCUUACGUUUGCUCCUCCAACAAGAUAAAUAUCGAUAUUUCCAACAUUUGCACCAUUUUCUUGUGUCUCGUCGUCAGUAUCACGCUGUUCUCGCAUCUGGCACGUGCCGUCCCUUGCUUUUUGCGUCUUCGUGUGUGGUAACCGUAUGUACAUUCUUUUUGCUUACCGCUCGCGUUUUCCGUCGCAUAAUCACAGCCGUUUUGCUUUUUCGCUUCUGAACUUUGCGCGCGCGCUCUUGAAGCGAUCUGAUUCACUGGGGAUACAUCAGUUGCGCAUUUUUACUUUUAAUUUUACCUCACAACGUCUGUCUGUUUGUUUGUUUUUCACUCCCGCGCAAACUAAACCCGAUUAUCGCAGACACGGCUGACAACUCAAAACGUUGAAUACAAUUUGUUAACCUGACUAGGUAGCGUUAGUGGAUUCGACUCGACCUGACCUCUCUCCACUGACUGACUGGCAUUUUUUUUUCUUUGGAGAUUUCCUGGGGUGGGAACAGGAUUGGGUGGACUCAGGGCCAAAGAGGAAAAGCGCCUUGUUAAAGCGAAAGGGAAUUUUGGAGCUAAAAAAUUGGCGCCAUGGAUCCACGACAUCCGCCCAAGCUUCCCUUUUCGCCGUCGCCAUACGCUAUUGUUUCUCCUUUCCCUCAAGUUCCAGUUCCAAAUCCAGCUCCGUUUCCCGAUUCUCCAACAACAACAAAACAACCAUCACCAACACCAAGCGGCGUCAUCACGAUCCCUUCUGCAGGCAACGCCUCGGCCACCGCGACUGCGGCUGUAUUCUAUCCCAUCGCCUCACCUCCGCAUUCUUAUCGAAUCGCGGGCGCCGAAUCUUAUCAUCCUCCUCCUCAUGCUGAGAAUUUGAGCCCCGACCAAAACCUUGCGUAUGCCGCUCCUCACAGUCUGGCCCAACGACGACCCUCCGAUACCUCCAUUUACGCCCCAACGAUCCGUCAUACAAGCCACGAAUCAAAUCACGCGCGUCUCCAAAACUCUGCGGCCAUCAACUCUCUUGGAACUCUCAAUCGCGAAAUGCCCCCUCCGACGUCGCCUCCACAACCGGGGGCGAAACCACCGCAAAAUCAACCUCAACAGGCGCACAGCAUGAUGGGCUACGGGCCUCCUCCUCCACACCCUGGUCCUCCUGUUGCCGUCGGCCCCCCGAUGUCUUUUCCUUCAGGUCGCGAACUUCCUGCCCUCGGCGCGCUGGCGAGGUCAGGGAGCAGUAACAGCUCCAUGUCGAUAUCGUCAAUGUUGGGUGGUCCGCCUCCAGCCAUGCGCGAAUCGCAACCUCCGCCAUCGCAUUAUCCUCCUCAUUCUGGGCCACCCGUCUCUGGCCCUGGCUUCGCGACUGCAGUGCAUGCUUCACCGCGAAUGCACUCUGCAACUUCCAAAUACCCGCCAUUUCGUCGACCUCAUACUCCCGAUCAUCAGCGACCUUACGAGCCCAGGAACUCACCGCCUGGACACUACCCCACACCUGAAGUCCCGCGCUACAGCACACCGUCUGCCUAUUCAAGACACCCCUCAGGCUCUGCAGAUCAUGCAAGAGAACCUGGCAGGUUACCACCCGGACCUCCUCCAAGGCCGAGCAGCCAGCCUAAGUAUCCGGGAAUGCCUCGACCGAUGGAGAUGGGACGGCCUCCAGGACCAGAAGAGGCAUACGGACGACGAGAUGAGAUGGGUCGACCUCCGCCUGGCAUGGAAUACAACCCCGAAAGAGUUGGAUUGCGACCUAACCCGUACGAGGACCGGUAUAGGGCAGAACGCGAGCGAAUGGGCGAGGUAGAGCAACGUGAACGCGAAAGAAGAGAGCGCGCAUACUCUGGCAGCGAUUCAGGAAGACACUCGAUACACCCCGGCGACUAUGGGCACCGCGAACCACCUCGGAAUCCUUUGCCGUAUGGCCGACCACCAGAUCGUGACCCAAGGGACAUCAGAGAUCCCCGCGACCCUCGUGAUCCCCAAAACCGCGAUCCUAGAGACACUCGAGAACGGGACCCAAGAGAUGCGCAAUGGGGUCGUCCAGGCCCCGACCCUAGCUAUCGAGCACCCAUGGAUCACCAGCGACAUCCCGAUUAUCCCCCAGGCGCGCCUUAUCCGCCUCAUGGUCACUCUUAUCAAGGGCCCCAGGGGCCCCCACCUGAUCGAUACGCGCCAUCCUCACAUCCGCCAGCUCAGAAUAUGCCACCUGGACCAGCACCAUACGAGUCCCCAGAUCGAGCGCGUAUGACUUUAAUCCCUACACAACAACCACAACACCCUCAUCGACGGCCAGAGGAAGGGCCGCCACCACCAACAAUUGCGUACAAUGGAGCUCAUGGCCCUGGGCCAUAUGACUCCCCACGACAUAGGAAUAGUGACGAUGCCUCAGCCCCGAAUGGACAGCGUAACUUGUUAGCCAUCCAGGAGAUGAACCGAAAGGGUAGAAUCUCGCCACUUCCACAGGCUGUACAAGGCGCGCAACUACAGCAACCCGGACCAACUGGCGAGCCUGGGAUCAAGAGCGAAUUCGGUCGCAUGUUUGCGGGUAUUGGCAACGGAGUCAUUGGUGUCUCAAGUCCCAUCGCAUCUACAGCCAUGCCCUUCACGAAUGCAAGUCUCGCUAAGCGCGAGGACUCGGAGAACAUAACACCCGAUUCAGGUACAGAGGCAGGAACCAAGACCACCAAAGGCAGAAGGAGAAAGCUGAAGGACGAUGACGGAAAGGGCGAUGAUGACAGCUCAGGACGGGCGACUCCAGCAAACAGGGGGGCAAAGCGUCCCAAGACUCACCAGCAUCACCAUCAUCAUCAUCAUCCGCAUCACCACCAUCAUCAUCCAGCCGACUCUGCGCCAUUAACUGGUACCGCGCCUUUCAAGAACUUCAAGACUGGUGCUCCUCCUGGCGACAAAGGCCUACCUGUUCCUCAUCACCAUCACCCUCCUCGACCUGUGCACACACACCAGCACCAGCCAGCGAAACAAGCCACGAUGAACUCGACCCCGGUCAUUCCCCCGAAAUCGAAAACAAUUAUCUCCUCAAAGGCUGUGUUGGAAUCUGUCGCAGACCGACCCAGGCACCAUCUUGGAGAUUUCAUCUACGAUCCGGGACUGAAACCAGGGCGAUUAGUGCCAAGUACCUCUACACAUCGAGCUUUUGCUUCCAACCCGAAACCAUUGCCAUGGGAUAUGAUUAAGAACAAGGAGAAUUGUAUCCUGACAGUCAAGGUUGCAAGGAUUCAUCUCUCUUCCAUUGCAAGAGAAGAGAUAACUUCACGAGGAUAUCUAUGGGGUACUGACGUUUAUACCGACGAUUCUGAUGUUGUUGCGGCGUGCAUCCACAGUGGUUGGAUCAAGGGAGAAUGGGCCGAGGACGUUGACAACGCGGUCUUGGACAUUGAUCAAGGAGUCACCGAUAAGCGACGUAAGAAGCCAGCGAACUCGACCGUCGACCUCGAAUCCGAAGACCUUAUCACGGCCCCUCCCCCCAGCGGCCCCAUGCCGAUUCCCGCGCAUCGGGACCUGCACGUCAAAGUUCUGAUCCUUCCUCGAUUGGUCAAAUACUAUUCUUCUACGCGACAUGGGAUCUCUAGCCGAGAAUUUGGUGGAGACUACGGCCAUCGCCACUCGGUGCACGAUGGCAUCAGUUAUAUGAUCAAGGGUGUACGAUGGGUUGAGAACGGUGCACAACCACAGGCUCGACUUCGGGGCAAAGCUCGACGUGAGCGCAUGCGUAAAGCUAUGCGAGAAGUGAAAGGAAAUUUUGGCAAUAUCAACGGCAUUGAUCUCGACAAAGAUAAAGAGGGACAACUAAGAGGAGGAAUAUCUGCCACAUGGAGAAAAAAGGAGCCCGAGUCAUCCGCAUCGAAGAAUAAUGAAACCGUGGCAGAAGGCGACAAGGGGAAUGAGUCAUCUGCAAACGACGAAGACAAAGAAAAGAGCGAGGAAAAGGCCCAGGACGUGGACAUGGAUGAUGCCGCCGAAACUCCAGCCACAGAGGAGAAGACGGAUCAAUGACCUGGUCGUCACGAUUUGUCACAUGUUGAUUAAAGGCGUUGGUGUCAUUGCAUUGCAGGGCAGAGAAACCAAAGUCUUGUAGCAUUAGAAUACCCCUCUUAUGAUAAUAACAAGUUUAAUCAGAAGGCGAUGGCCUUUGAGUCUAAGUCGCCUCGUCUAGUUUUGAUACAAUUUUGUACAGUUGCCGCCACAUGGUGAACCCAGUUCCCCUUUUGCAGGCACAGCUUUCGAUGGCCUUUAGAAAUC